AGCGUGAGCCACCGCAGACUCUAAAACCGCUCUUCAUCCUCUCCCCAUUUCCGUUUCUCUUCUCUUCUCUCUCUCUGACGUUCACUCACUUCGCCGGCGAUGGUUGCGGCGACGAUUCUGCCAGAUCUCGGCACCCAGGUCCUGAUCCCGGCGUGUGCGAUUGUCGGCAUCGCCUUCGCUCUCGUCCAGUGGGUCCUCGUCUCCAAGGUCAAGCUCUCCCCCGAGAAAUCCGGCUCCGGGCCCGCCGACGGGAAGAACGGCUUCGCCGAGUCGCUUAUUGAGGAGGAGGAAGGCAUCAAUGACCACAGCGUCGUGCACAAGUGCGCCGAAAUCCAAAACGCCAUCUCCGAAGGUGCAACCUCGUUCCUUUUCACUGAAUACCAGUAUGUUGGUAUUUUUAUGGUUGCUUUUGCUAUUUUGAUCUUUGUUUUCCUGGGCUCUGUUGAGGGUUUCAGUACAAAGGACCAGCCUUGCACCUAUGACAGCACCAAAACGUGCAAGCCUGCACUUGCCACUGCUGUCUUCAGUACCAUAUCCUUCUUGCUUGGUGCUAUUACUUCCGUAGUUUCUGGCUUUCUCGGAAUGAAAAUAGCAACUUAUGCAAAUGCCAGGACUACCUUGGAGGCUAGAAAGGGUGUUGGGAAGGCUUUCAUCACUGCAUUUAGGUCUGGUGCAGUUAUGGGUUUCCUUCUUGCUGCUAAUGGUCUUUUGGUCUUGUACAUUACCAUCAAUCUGUUCAAGUUGUACUAUGGUGACGACUGGGAAGGCUUGUUCGAGUCUAUCACUGGUUAUGGGCUUGGUGGAUCUUCUAUGGCCCUCUUUGGUAGAGUGGGUGGGGGUAUUUAUACAAAAGCUGCUGAUGUUGGAGCUGAUCUUGUCGGAAAAGUUGAGAGAAACAUUCCAGAGGAUGAUCCAAGAAACCCAGCGGUUAUUGCUGACAACGUUGGAGACAAUGUUGGAGAUAUUGCUGGAAUGGGAUCAGACUUGUUUGGCUCAUAUGCAGAAUCAUCUUGUGCAGCCCUUGUUGUAGCUUCAAUAUCUUCCUUUGGCAUCAACCAUGAGUUCACAGCUAUGUUAUAUCCUCUUCUUGUCAGUUCCAUCGGCAUUCUAGUUUGCUUGUUCACCACCCUUUUCGCUACUGAUUUCUUUGAAGUCAAGGCUGUAAAGGAAAUUGAGCCAGCAUUGAAGAAGCAACUCAUAAUCUCCACUGCCCUGAUGACAGUUGGCAUUGCUAUUGUUACCUGGAUUGCUCUUCCAUCGUCCUUCACAAUUUUCAACUUUGGUACUCAGAAAGUAGUACAGAGCUGGCAAUUGUUCAUCUGUGUUGGUGUUGGCUUGUGGGCUGGUCUUAUUAUUGGGUUUGUCACAGAGUACUACACUAGCAAUGCUUACAGCCCCGUACAAGAUGUUGCUGAUUCCUGCCGCACUGGAGCUGCUACCAAUGUUAUUUUUGGCCUUGCUUUGGGUUACAAAUCUGUCAUCAUUCCGAUUUUUGCCAUAGCAAUCAGCAUCUUUGUUAGCUUCAGCUUUGCAGCUAUGUAUGGUAUUGCAGUUGCUGCCCUUGGAAUGCUUAGCACCAUCGCCACUGGUUUGGCUAUUGAUGCAUAUGGUCCCAUCAGUGACAAUGCUGGAGGCAUUGCAGAGAUGGCCGGUAUGAGUCAUAGGAUACGUGAAAGAACUGAUGCCCUUGAUGCUGCAGGAAACACCACCGCUGCUAUUGGAAAGGGAUUUGCAAUUGGAUCUGCUGCUCUUGUGUCUCUUGCUCUGUUUGGUGCAUUUGUGAGCCGCGCUGAAAUUUCUACCGUAGAUGUCCUGACACCCAAAGUCUUCAUUGGUUUGCUCGUGGGUGCUAUGCUUCCCUAUUGGUUCUCCGCCAUGACAAUGAAGAGUGUGGGGAAGGCUGCUCUUAAGAUGGUUGAGGAAGUGCGUAGACAAUUCAAUAACAUCCCGGGGCUCAUGGAAGGCACUGCCAAGCCCGACUAUGCCACCUGUGUCAAGAUCUCAACAGACGCCUCCAUCAAGGAGAUGAUUCCACCUGGUGCCCUUGUCAUGCUCACUCCACUAAUUGUUGGAAUCUUCUUCGGUGUCGAAACCUUGUCUGGUGUCCUUGCUGGAGCCCUCGUCUCUGGUGUACAGAUUGCUAUCUCUGCAUCCAACACCGGUGGUGCCUGGGAUAACGCCAAGAAGUAUAUCGAGGCUGGGGCUUCAGAACAUGCGAGAACUCUCGGUCCCAAGGGAUCCGAUUGCCACAAGGCGGCCGUUAUUGGUGACACUGUCGGCGACCCUCUCAAGGACACAUCUGGCCCGUCGUUGAACAUCCUCAUCAAGCUCAUGGCUGUCGAGUCUCUUGUGUUCGCGCCCUUCUUCGCCACCCACGGCGGCCUUCUCUUCAAGAUCUUUUGAGCGGAUCCUGUAGUGGUAUUUACCUCCGAUUUGUGUCAUACCAGUCUCUCAUCGCCGAAAUGUAUUCCUCUUUUUGCCUACAACUCCUCCUAACUUCUAUGUCAAAAGUACAUUUGUCAUUUUGUACUUCAUUAAAUUUUCCGAGAGAAAUGUUCACUUAUAAAUCCUCUUAUCUUAGA